AGAAGUCAAUUACUGUCUAGAGAUGGAAAACAGGAUUUAAUGACACUUUCUACACGUGUAGGAAAUGUGACUCUACCCCUGCAACACACACAACUCCAAAAUGGAUAAGACCUCCCACAAUUCAAUAUAAAAAUCAUCUUGCAUUCACCACCUUCAUCGCACCCACAAUUCAGAAAGCUCCAUCCUUGAAGAGAAAUUUUGGGUGUUUUAGCUAUGGAGAGGAGUGAAGCACAUGUGACAUCGGGUAAGAUUUCUGGGCUUCAGGUGCAGCAGCCACUGCCGCGUGCGGUGUCGCCGCCUCGGCCUAGCCCGCUGAGGAAGACGAUCCUAGUGGCUGCAAUCGCUGCUGGGAUUCAGUUCGGGUGGGCUCUGCAGCUGUCUCUUCUGACCCCCUAUGUGCAGCUUUUGGGUAUUCCUCACAAAUGGGCCUCUUUAAUCUGGCUCUGUGGGCCGGUUUCCGGCAUGGUAGUCCAGCCCAUUGUGGGUUAUUACAGUGACCGGUGCACCUCUCGGUUUGGCCGUCGUCGGCCCUUCAUCGCCUCCAGUGUCGCCUUGGUCGCCACCGCGGUUGUCCUUAUCGGUUUUGCGGCGGACCUCGGCCACCUCUUCGGGGAUUCCUUGGAUAGCGAAAUGAAGCCACGGGCGAUAAUAUUGUUCGUCAUCGGAUUCUGGAUCCUUGACGUCGGUAACAACAUGUUACAGGGGCCGUGCAGGGCGUUUCUGGCGGAUCUUUCAGGGAACAACCAGAAAAGAGUGCGUGCCGCCAACGCCUUCUUCUCCUUCUUCUUGGCAGUUGGCAACGUUCUCGGAUGCGCCGCCGGCUCCUAUAGCAAGCUCCACAAGAUAUUCCCAUUCACAACCACAAAAGCCUGUGAUAUUUACUGCGCCAAUUUGAAGAGCUGCUUUUUCUUCUCCAUUGUGCUUUUAAUAACCCUGACUACAAUAGCCCUCACGUACGUGCACGAACGGCCAUGGUCGCCGGAGAAUGGAAAUUCCGGCGAUGUGGGCAACGAAAUAGAGGAGGAGGAGGAGGAGGCGGAGGAAGCAGGGGAACCAACGCCGGUGCCAUUUUUUGGGGAAGUAGUCACGGCCUUGAAGGAGUUGAAAAGACCCAUGUGGGUCCUACUACUGGUGACGUGUCUCAACUGGAUUGCAUGGUUCCCUUUCCUACUGUUCGAUACUGAUUGGAUGGGGAGAGAGGUGUACGGCGGGCAGUCGGAAGGGGAUAAUCCUGGGUUGAAGAAAGCCUACAACAGCGGCGUCCGCGCCGGCGCAUUGGGGUUGAUGCUGAACUCGGUGGUUCUGGGGUUCACCUCACUCACCGUAGAGGUUUUAGCUCGUGCGGUCGGCGGGGUCAAGCGGCUUUGGGGCAUAGUCAACUUCUUACUAGCAAUUUGCUUGGCCAUGACCGUUUUGGUCACCAAAUUGGCAGAGUCUCACCGACGGUACGCCACAGUCAACGGUGCUGACGUGCUCUUAGCACCCCCUGGAGGAAUCAAGGCCGGUGCAUUGUCUAUAUUCGCGGUUCUCGGCAUACCCAUAGCCAUAACAUGUAGCAUUCCAUUUGCAUUGGCAUCUAUUUUUUCCAGUACUUCUGGUGCAGGUCAAGGGCUUUCCUUGGGAAUUUUGAAUCUUGCAAUAGUAAUCCCACAAGUAAUUUUGCUUACUCAUGCUAUUGCAUCUAUUUUUUUAAUUUGAAUAGCAUGUCAUAAAUGUGGCAACGUGAUUGAGGUUGUUGAUUUCCUAAAUCAACCCAUUCAGGAUAUGUUUGAAGAAUUUGUUUUGGGAAAGGUUUGGAUUUGAUCCUUCCUCUUAGAAACCCCAUUUUGCUUCGGGUUAGGUUUCGUGUUGAAACUAAUCCCACCGACUCAAAUUGAUGGAUUGAACCAAAUGGCAUUUCAUUUUCCCCUUCAUAAAUUCUUAGCUACCUCGUACAUAGGAAAUUGCCAUUAGCCGAGGAUAAUUACAACUACUAUUUGACUCUGUUUUGUGCAGAUGGUGGUGUCUGUAGGGGCCGGACCCUUUGAUGCAAUAUUUGGAGGUGGGAAUAUGCCUGCAUUUGUUCUAGGAGCCGUUGCAGCAGCGGCCAGUGGUAUAUUUGCGCUCACCAUGCUACCGUCUCCACCACCAGAUGUCCUGGUAGCCAAAGCUGCAGCUGCUUCUGGGUUUCAUUAACAAUGAAGAGGGUGUUUGAACUUUUUUCCUCGUAUUUUCUUCUUUCUUUCCAGGCGUAGAAAGAUUGUAGUGUGCUAUGGGAUAGCCAUCCUGGUUGAAAAAGAUUAGCCAGGAUGGCCAUAAGCUGUAAACGUGCUUAAGCAUGGUGAAUCAUGUUUUUAAAAAAAUCAAUUUCAUAGAUGUUU